CUACGUCACCGCUCGGCUCCAUGGCCGCCAUCCCCGCGCGGCUCCACCACCUCGUCGUCGUCAUCCUCCUCCUCGUGCCGUCCCUCACCGCUGCUCAGUCCCGCGCAUUCGAAGGGGCGCCGGCGGCGUACGCGCGGUACCUGGUCGACGCGGCGGCGAUGCCGGCGGUGGACCUGUACGACUACAUCGUCGUGGGCGGCGGCACGGCGGGCUGCCCGCUGGCGGCGACGCUGGCGGGCCCGGGGGGCGGGCGCGUGCUGCUGCUCGAGCGCGGCGGCGCGCCCAGCGAGUUCCCCGCGCUCGCCACGGCGGGCGGGUUCGUCAGGACGCUCGCCAUGGCGGACCCGGCCCCGGAGUCCGACGCGCCCGCGCAGGGGUUCACGUCGGAGGACGGCGUCCCCAACGUGCGCGCGCGCGUGCUCGGCGGCGGCACGGCCAUCAACGCCGGGUUCUACUCCCGCGCGCACCCGGAAUGGUUUCGUCGCGGCCACGCCGAGGAUGCCGGGAUGACGAAUGUUUGGGAUAUGCCGCUGGUGAACGCGUCAUACGAGUGGGUGGAGAGGCAGAUGACGUUCCAGCCGGCGGUGCACGGGUGGCAGGCGGCGGUGAGGGCGGCGCUGCUGGAAGCCAAUGUGACGCCGUGGAACGGCUUCACUGUGGACCACGUCACCGGCACAAAGGUCGGCGCCACGACCUUCGACGCGUCAGGCCGACGGCGCAGCGCCGCGGACCUCCUCGCCGUUGCCCGUCCUAGCCGCCUCCGCGUUGCCAUCCGUGGCACGGUUACUCGCAUCAUCACCAACCCGGUUGGCCUUGCUGCACGCCGUGGAAGGUCUCCACUACCAACAAUCGCAGCAAUCGGCGUCGUGUACCAGGACCGUCUCCUGGACCAGCACCAAGCCCUCCUGCGCCCAGGUGGGGAGGUGAUACUUGCCGCAGGCGCCCUGGGGAGCCCCCAGCUGCUGCUGCUCAGCGGCAUCGGCCCCGCUCCCGAUCUCUCCAGCCUCGGCAUCCCUGUCUCCGCCGACAUCCCCGACGUCGGCAAGCACAUGUACGACAACCCUCGCAACGGCAUCUCCUUCAUCCCGUCGGUUCCCAUCGACCACUCUCUGAUCCAGGUCGUCGGCAUCCCGUCGGCCAACGGGACCGCCUCCUACCUCGAGGCGGCGUCGUACAUCGUCCCGGUCGCUCCGGCGCUGAGAUCCUCCGUCCCUUUCCUUGGCUCGUCCUCCCCGCUCUACGUCACCGUCGCGACCAUCAUGGAGAAGGUUCCCGGACCCUUAUCCGAAGGUUCGCUGUGGCUCUCGUCGACGAACCCGCUGGAGAGCCCCGCCCUGCGCUUCAACUACCUGAGCCGUCCCGAGGACCUGGCGCGGUGCGUUCUGGGCGUGCGCCAUGUGGCGCGAGUGCUCGAGGGCAGAGCGUUGGACGGGUUCCGUUCGGCGGUUGUUGGGUCGACGACGACGGGUAGGAGAGGGUCGUCUGUCCGGAGGGAAUUCAGGAUCGCCGGGACAGCGCUGCCGGCUGACUGGAGAACGAACGAUAGAGCUCUGGCGAGCUACUGCCAGCAGACUGUGGCGACGUUGUGGCACUAUCACGGAGGGUGUGUCGCCGGGAAGGUGGUCGAUGGGAGUUUUCGGGUGAUUGGUUCCCACGCGAUUCGCGUGGUGGAUGCGUCCACGUUCAGCGAGACGCCCGGGACGAAUCCUCAGGCCACAAUACUGAUGAUGGGCAGGUAUGUGGGGCUGAAGAUGAUUGAGGAGAGACACAGUAGAAGGCCGGUCAUGCCGCCAUAGCCCCCCCAACACCUGAAAGAUUCAUUCAUCCACAAGAAAAAUUUUCAAUUAACAUGCGUGGAGCGCAUCAUACUUCUCAUGUAACCCAUACUUCUAGGUUUUUGAACUGAGAUUGCUGUAUAGAUUAGUAGCAUGGGCAUCUUUUGCGUGUGUGCAUAGUGGGGUGAACAGGGAAGCAGAAACUAAUACUUGCGUAGAUAUUGCUUCUUCUUUUUCUUUCUUUUUCCCCCCUAGAGAUAGUUACCGCAAGACAGGUCAUUUCGGGUGUUCUGAUGGAUCAUGUGGGCGUGUGUAAAGGCUAGAAACUACAUGCUUUUAUGAGCAUUGAGCAACGACAUUCUAUUAUCUUGGUAUUUGGCCGUUAGAAGAAGUCUUCAC